UUAUACAUAUUUUUUGUUGCUCAAGAUCAAUUUGAUUUCUUUUUUACUUGUUUUUUAAUUAAAAUGUUUUAAUUUAAAAAUAUCCAUCAAAUUAUGUUAAAAUAGUUCCUGAAAACCCUUAUUAGUAUUAAUUAAACCUCAUCAAGAUGUAUUCACCUAAAACAGUAUUAACCUGUCCCACGGAUUUCAACUUUCCCUUUGCUCCUUAUACUAUACAACAAGAAUUGAUGCAGGAAUUGUAUAAAGUAUUGGAAAAUAAAGAAAUUGGUAUAUUUGAAAGUCCUACAGGUACGGGCAAGUCCUUAACACUUACAUGUGCAGCUCUUAAAUGGUUGGAGGAUCAUGAGCAGUUGGUAAGAAAAGAACUUUUGCAACGUUUGUCUGAAGUACAAAAGGAAGUAUUAAAAUUAGAAAAGGAAUCUCAAGAAGUAACGGAUUGGCUAUCGAUGCAUUCCAAAACAUCACAGCAACGUCAGGAACUAUUAGAAUUAAAGGAUAUGCAGAAGCUAUUGGAUGAGUAUGAGGAGAAAUUGAAUGAAAUUAAAAGUAAACAAAAAGUAUUGAAACAAAAGCGUACCAAAAGCAUUACACUAAACAAACAAAAGGAAUCUGAAGCCGCAGAUGUAGCGGAGGAAGUCAAUAUUUUACUAGAUGAUUCGUUUACCGCAGAUAAUGACGAACAUUUGUUCCCCAACGAAAAACGUGAAAAGUAUCGUGAUGUACAAAUCUUUUUCUGCAGUCGUACUCAUACCCAAUUGGCCCAGGUGGUAAGGGAAAUAAAACGUACAAAAUAUGGUGAACGCGUACGUUGUGUUUCAUUGGCUUCUCGUCAACAGUUGUGUAUACACAAACAAUUGCGCAAACUAAAUAAUACCGCCCUAAUUAAUGAGAAAUGUUUGGACAUGGCCAAAGAGUCCAAAACAAAUGCCAAAACCACUGCCUGUCAUACGGAUGGUUGUGUACAGAAAAAAGCUCGCAUAACUCAAUCAAAAGCUGGACUAAAUGCAAUAACAAAAUGUGAAUUUAAAACUCCAGCUUUAGUACAGGAUUUAACUGAUCUAUCCUUAGGGGAUAUUUUAGAUAUAGAGGAUCUAGUUACUGAGGGAGAACAGCUACAGGCUUGUCCUUAUUAUGCCGCCAGAAAUGCCACACAAUUGGCUCAAAUAAUUAUGCUGCCUUAUCAACUAUUACUGCAUCAACGCACUCGUCAACAAAGUGGCAUUGAUCUUAAGGGUUCCAUAGUGAUAAUAGAUGAAGCUCACAAUCUCUUGGACACUAUAUCACAAAUGCACAGCUGUGAACUGAGUUUACAGCAAUUACAAACUGCCCAUCAACAGAUAUUAGCCUAUAAAAUGAAGUAUGCCUCGCGUUUUAAUUCCUCCAAUUUGCUGUCUAUAAAUCAAUUGUUGUUUGUCAUAAAAAGAUUGAUAAAACUUCUCAAAUCUCCUAGUUGCAAAGAUAGCUCUAACUCCUUUCGCAUGCUUUGCACCUAUGAACUAAUGUCUGAGGGAGACUUCUUUAACAUAGAUCUUUAUCAACUGCUGCAAUUUUGUGAAAAUUCACGUUUUGCUCAAAAACUGCAGGGUUUUGCUAAACGUUUGGCUGCCCAACCAAAUCCUAAUGAAAAUCAACCUCCUCCGAGUGGCAAAUCAGCAGCUAUAGGUCUUUUACAACGUCUACAAAAAGAUCAUACGGAAAAACAGCAGAAAACUUCAAAAAAUAAACUGGAAGAGUUGGACACAAAUACGGAGCAACAUCCUAUGGUAAAGGAUAAAAAUGUUUACCCCAUAACCUCACCUAUUCGACCACUAUUAGCAUUUUUGGAGUCUUUGUGUGAAAAAUCAGAUGAUGGUAGAAUCUUAAUAAAUAUUGCUGAUGAAUCUGUUAAAAAUUUUGAAUCUCAAACAAGUUUUAAAUAUAUUCUGCUAAAUCCAGGUGGCCACUUUCAGGAUAUUGUUAAGGAAGCAAGAGCGAUCAUAGUUGCUGGUGGCACUAUGCAACCCACAGCCGAAUUAACUGAACAACUUUUUAACUCUUGCCCUGAACGUGUACAGUUACGUUUUUAUGAUCACGUUGUGCCCGAUGAUGCCGUUCUACCAUUUGUGGUAACAAAAGGACCCAGAGGUAAAAACUUGUGCUUUAACUAUGCCCAGCGAUCAUCUAAUGAAAUGCUUUCCGAUUUAUGCACAGUUCUUGAAAAUCUGUGCAAUGUAGUACCAGCUGGCUUGGUAUGUUUUCUACCCUCAUAUGAUUAUUUGGAUAUAGUUUACGGUCAGCUACAAAAGUCGGGUGUAUUACAAAGAAUUUCCAAUAAGAAACGUGUCUUUAGAGAACCCAGAAACAUCACGAGCAAUGAUAGUGGUUCUGGAAGUAGUACGGCCACUGGCCAAACGGUAGAGCAACUAUUAAACGAUUACGCUAAAGCUAUCAAGCACAAUCAAGGAGGUGCUUUACUGCUAAGUGUAGUGGGAGCCAAACUAAGUGAGGGCCUCAACUUUGCCGAUGAUCUGGGGCGUGGCGUUAUAGUUGUAGGCAUGCCAUAUCCUAAUCGUAAUUCUCCUGAGUUACAAGAACGCAUGUCCUAUUUAGACACUACUUUGGGUCCGGGUUCCGGUUCAGAAUAUUAUGAGAAUCUUUGUAUGAAAGCGGUUAAUCAAUGUAUUGGUCGUUCGGUACGUCAUAUACGUGAUUAUGCUUGUGUUUACUUGUUAGAUGAACGUUAUGCUCGUGAGAAUAUUCAGCGUAAAUUGCCGCAAUGGAUAUCGAGACAUUUAAAAGUUGCCACCACAUAUGGUCAAGUCCAGGGAGGCACAGCAAAAUUUUUUAAGCAAAAGAAGGUGUGAAUGUAUUAAUUUUUUAUCACGUUUUUUAUUUUUAUACCCUCCACCACCAUCAGUGGUGAUAGAGGGUAUAUAUAACUUUGUCAUUCCGUGUGUAAC